UGUGUCAUUUCAAUAAAAAGGCUGCAGCAGAUGCUGGGGUCGGAGUCAUCUGAGGUCGAGGACAGAGUGCUGUUCUGAGAUUCCGACCGGGCUUCCAUUGCGCGAGUUGAAACCGAUCGUCUUGCUUUGUUCACCGGAAUAAGUCUCUGAGUCAGCGAGGUCUAUAAGUUUAGACCUAACACCGACCUCCCAGCCUGCUUCUCUCUUCAGAAAUUUGUUUGGUCUUCUCUUGUAUCCCAUAAUCCUUUGCUGUUUCAGGUGUUCACUGUGAAACAGCCAAAGUUGACCUUGUGAUGUUGGUGGAUGAGUCUGGGAGCAUCAGCAGAAAUGACUUUGAUAAAAUUCAAACGUUUCUUGUUGCCAUCGUCAACGGCCUCAACAUCGGCCCCGAUGCAGUCCAGAUCGGUCUGACUUUGUUCAGUACCAAAGCAAGGACAGCGUGGCAUCUGAACACCCACCAGACCAAACACACCCUGCUGAGGGCCAUAGAAGAACUAGAACGAACUGGUGGAAGCACCAAGACAGGAAAAGCUCUGGAGCACAUCCUCCAUAACCAGUUUAAACCCAGUGUGGGAAUGCGUCCAGACUCCAGAAGGAUUGCCGUUCUGAUCACAGACGGGGAAUCACAGGAUAAAGUACUCCUGCCUUCAAAGAACCUGAAACACAAUGACAUCGAGGUCUAUGCUAUUGGUGUGCAGGGUGCCAGAGAGAGUGAGCUAAAGGUCAUCGCCUCUGAUAAUGACCACGUGUACUUUAUCAAGGAUUUCAAGUCCCUUAAUGGUAUCAUCAGAAAUAUCACCAUCGACCUCUCAAAAGGUUCAAAUAACUUAGCACAUGUAGAAAGGUUGGGCAAAGUUCCAUGCAGCCUUGAAGAUCACUGAGAAGAUGAGG